CUGAAAGUGUCAAUCAAUUGUUCGAAACAGAAAGUAGCUUUGAGGACGUAACAACAGACCACCAUUCCCCGGCUGAGUUAGUUUGGGCGGGGAAUUUACCCUAUAACCACAUAAAAUUUCAGUGAUGCGUUCCAGGAAAUCACGUUAGAUUUCCAAGAAAACGCUCGCUGUCACAAGCCGAGAAUAAAAGAAAAUGGGGAACUGCUUUUCAUCUAACGGCAGGUCAUCGGAGACUGAUCCCGCACAAAGGAAUGAGGAACAAGGGAGACAAUCCACAUCACAACACUUCUAUGACGCUCCGGUGACACAGUACAAUUUCGGAAAAGCUGACACUGUCGGCGUAACCACUGGGAACCCUGCUCGUAGUCUCUCAAAAGAAGGCCUUCGCCUCAAAAUAGAUCAAGUAGAAAGUACCUUUGUGGAUAUCCAAGUUUUGACAAAAGUAAAAGACAUUUUGAAAAGAUACCACCAUGUCGCCAUCAUUGGGUCUGCUGGAGACGGCAAAACCAGCAUUGCUGCGAUGCUUUGUGGCAUGUUUAUGUCAAAGUAUGAAGCAUUGUUUGUGGAACAUAUUGACGAUUUUGAUGUUGAAAUAAUCACUACAAGAUGUUCUCAUAUGCUGGUUGUAUUUGAUGAUAUAUUUGACGGUUGUCACUGCCCUUCAAACCUAAAGAGAAUACUCAAUGUGUUGGCGAAUAGUCUGACUCACGAUGCCUCGUCAACAAAACAGAAAGUUACACAAAAACAGAAAGAUUCAAAGAGAGACAGCACCUCAAGGGGAGAGCAACCCAAAUCAUCCUCCAAGCUACUGUUCAUCUUUACAUCGCGGACAUACAACUGGAACAGAGGAUGUUCCCGGCUACAUCAGUACAAAUCCAGUCUGUUCAGGCCAGAAGCAAUCGUGGAUAUGACCAACGAAUACUGGACUGCUGAAGAAAAGAAAGGCCUCUUACAUUCGUUUAUGGCAAGACAUCAGAAGUGUGAACUCUCCAACAAGGAAAUACAAAAUAUUGCCAAUUCAAAAAAUAUCGGAUUUGGGUUUCCUCUUAUGUGUAGCCGGUUCUUCCCAAAUCCUGUAUUUCAGAUGCACACUGUGGACUUCUUCCAGAACCCCGUGACCUGCCUGAGAGGUGAUCUUGACGCCAUCAUCCGAGAAGACAACAGCAGAUCAGCAGCCCUCAUACUCCUCAUCCUGUGUGAGGGGAAGCUCAACCUUGUCACAUUUCAGACAAAAGCUGACUUCAAACAUCUCUUUAAUGUUGUCAAAGAGGUUGUGGAAUCCUGUACUCGAACAGGCAUUGGCGAGGAGAUAAGCAAUUUUAAAGGCACUUACUGUACAGUGGAGGACCACAUCGCUUCCUUCUCUCACCCGUCGGUAUAUGAUGCUGCAGCCUGUGCUCUAAGUCACCUGAAUCUUGUGCUGUUGCUGCAGUACUGCACUCUAAAGUUCUUGCAUCAGCGGGUGAGACUGAAGAAGAAGCUUCAGACAUCAACUACUGAUGAUGUCACAAAUAUGAUUUACAUCACCCCUGCUCAACACCAACUUGUUGUGGAUAGACUUUCGGAAGGCAUCCGACAGAGAUGUUUCCAAUGGACAGUCACACAUCCUGUACUCAGUAACGACACCAUUGCCUCCUCACUUGUGACCCAGUUAGGUGAUGAGUUGACAACGAUAGCACAACAGAGAGACAAAACAUCUGGGAAAUGUUUUUUGCAUUGGGUUUCAAAAUCUAAUAGUGAUGCACUGUUUAGGGGGGCAUUGAGCGCUGUUGAUAGAAAACACAUUAAAGAAACCCAAUCUGACAUUUAUGAAAGUGCAGCGGUAUGCGUGAAGAACUACAAACAAGAACGUGUUGUCGACAUUGUAACCCUACUGAAGCAAAAGGAGAGAUUCAAUGUGGAUUACAAACUAGACACUGACAAUGACAAAACCUUACUUUUGAUUGCUGCAGAGGUUUGUGCUGUUGACAUAUUCAACUUAUUUAUAAAUGAAAGAGCUGAUGUAUCUUUGGCAGAUCGCGAUGGACAUACCAGUCUUCAUUAUACGUGUAAAAGGGGGAACACAGUCAUAACAAAGAAUAUCUGUGAACUGGUCCCCGAUAUCAUCGAUGUCCGUGAUACUAGUGAUCAAAGACUGACUCCAGCAUUGAUAGCUUCUGAAAUGGGUGAGGACAAAGUCCUACAGCUUCUUGUAUCCAAGGGAGCAGACGUGACUCUGUGUGACAGCCAAAACCGGAACUGUCUGCAUGUAGCAAGCUGUGGGGGACACCUCUCCACAGUCACGUAUCUACUUGGGCUGGAGCGUUUUAACAUUAACUGCAAAGGUGGGGCAUCACGCCAAACACCUGUCAUGAUGGCAGCUCUGAAUGGACAUGACAAGGUGUAUGAUCACCUCGUGAACGAGGAAGCUGAUCUGUCACUUUGUGAUACCAACAAUAGAGACUGUCUGAUGUUGGCGUGUGAAGGUGGAAACCCAUCUAUAGUUAAACAUCUGCUGUCAAAGAACACGUUUGAUAUCAACAGGAAAGGUAGGUGGGACAGCCAAACUGCUGUUAUGCUCGCAGCUAAAGGUGGUCACUAUGACGUGUACAAUCUUCUUGUGACAAAGGAAGCUGACCUGUUAAAGCUAGAUCUCUACAACAGUGACUGUCUAACUUGGGCAUGCAGUGGAGGGAACGUGCAGAUCGUGCGUCACAUGCUGUCUACGAAUCAUUAUGACAUCAAUAAAAGAAAUGAUGUAGAUCAAACAACUCCAGUCAUGCAGACAAUGUACCUUGGAUACUACGAUGUUUUUAAUCUUCUUGUGGCAGAGGGAGCUGAUCUGUCUCUAAAAGAUGCUAACGACAGAGACUGCCUGAUGUGGGCAUGCGCAGGAGGUAACGCAUCCAUUGUGAAACGCCUCCUACAUUUGAAAAGAUUUGACAUCAACAGAAUAGACAGUGUGUUGCAGCAGACGCCACUAAUGAUGGCUAAAGCUGAAGGUUUUGAUGCCGUGUUCGAUGUUCUUGUGUCAGAAGGGGCAGAUCUGUCACUUGCUGGUAACUGAAACACGCAUGGUCUAUUUCUGUAAUUGUGAAGGGGUGCGUUGAACAUUGUCACCAGGGCUUCUGGCAGAUGACGUCCUCAAGGUAAUGACUAGGACAUCGCUGCUUCCUCUAGGGCUUACCAACAUACCUGUGGCGAAGACAACGUGGAACCAGAACAGUACUUCAGUGAUACCCACAGCGUGUCAGUUUUAUGGUGAGGGUAACCGUUACAAGCACGGUGCAGGCAAAACAAUGAUCACCAUGGGGGAUUAUGGUAUUCGUACGCACAAUCAUGCCUGCAAGACACAGCGAUUUUGGGCGACAUUGGACCAUCAUGUUCGCCCCUAAACUGACUUUCUAUUCUGUUAUUGUAUUACUUGAAGCUGUGCUUCUAUAACUUUCUUAAGCCAGCCCUCUCUUACGUAUUUGGUAAUACAAAUAGACGUAUGCUGUACCAUUGCACAUGUUUAGUCCUUGAGGGCAUGAAAUGGCAUAUAUUGAUCCGAAGUUGAGGGAAAUACAUCAUGAUUGCAUAUAUGACGAAACGGUGUAAUCUUGAUUCAAAGGCAUGGUAAAGUGUUAACAGAGGAUUCGGCAUUAACCACGGCUUCACACAUUGUACCCAUAUCGGGAAUCGAACCCUUCUUUGGCGUGACGAGCGCACGCUUUACCCACUAGGCUACCCGACCGCCCCCAGUAUAUACAAAGAGGCGUCAACAGUGAUCAACAUUUGUUAACUCACCUCAAAGUCUAGUAGUUGUAGGUGGUUGAAUCUUGUUACAUGUACAUGCACAUUCUAAUCACGGACAACAAUACUGUUGUUAAUAGUUUGCUCACAUACUGUAAUGUUGCUUUGUGAUUGAGCAUCUGAUCUACUGGGUUCUAUACACUAUUUGUACCAGAAAAUACUGAAAAAGUAGUUUCAGGUUUAACACACACACGAAAUGUUCCCGUAACAAAAUGUCCUAAAACAUCUGUUGUAAAUAGAAAUACAAUUGUUCGAUUCACCCUUUCAGACAAAAAACAAUUUUUGACAUGAAUAAGUGACAGAACAAUAAUUCUCUAUCCAACUCAAAGCUGGUAUCAACUAAUUCAUGCUAUAAAGCUAUCGUUGUAUGUAUAUAUCAUAAUGUUUGAUAAAUAGUGUACAUGUUA